AUGGUAAGCUUCAAUCAGAAUCAAAUCAAAGAGUUUCAAAAAGAAGCAAGCAGGAUUGCUAGGAGCUUGAGACUCCAUCUGUUACUCAACAAGCGUUUCUAUGUAGCACUACGAUGGCGAUCUAUCAGAUUUCAACACAACAAUAUUUCCAAAGAAAGAAGUACUUUUACUAUAAUCCAGGAUAAAGGAUGGGGGAUUAAGAAAAAACGACAAGUAAAAGGAAAAAUUUCAUCGACUAACAAGAAAAACACAUAUAACAUUAAAGCUAGUGGUUCUUCAGCUCUUCGUGCAGCUUCGACCACUACCCUAGCACCCAACCCCAACUCGUCAUCCUCCAAAAGUACCGUUUCUAUGCCAGCUCUCCAAAAUCCUAACUAUUCUUUGGCUAGUUCUUCAAACUACAUCAAUGGUAUCGGUGGUGGUAUUUCAGGAUUUUCUGCUUGUGAAACUGACGAUGAGGCAAAGAUGCUCCGAAUCAGACUUGUCAAACCUGAGGUAAUCAGCUGGUCACCACGAAUCACUGUCCUGCAUAAUUUCUUAAGUUCGGAGGAAUGUGAUUAUCUUAUAGCAAUUGGCAAGCCUCGGCUCCAGCGUUCUAGGGCACAUGAUCGGAAAACAGGCAAGGGAAUUAUAAAUGAUACUAGGACAAGUUUCGGUGUGUCUUUAAGCAAGGAAGAGAGUAAGAAUCCUAUUGUACAGGCAAUUGAAAAACGAAUUUCAGUAUUUUCUCAAGUUCCAGUAGAAAACGGAGAGCCUAUUCAUGUUUUAAGGUAUGAAAAGAAUCAGUACUUCAGGCUACAUAGCGACUACUUUUUGGACACCAUAAACUUCAAGGAAAGUGGAGGUCAGCGAAUAGCAACAAUGCUCAUGUAUUUGAGCGAUAAUGUGGAAGGAGGAGAAACUUACUUCCCCGUGGCUGGAACAGGAAAAUGUAGCUGUGCUGGAAAAAUGUUAAAGGGGUCGUCUGUAAAACCGAUUAAAGGAGAUGCAGUUCUUUUCUGGAGCGUGGGACUUGAUGGAAAGGUAGAUCCAAAGAGUAUACAUACAGGAUGCGAAGUCUUAUCAGGAGAGAAAUGGUGUGCUACGAAAUUGAUGAGGCAAAACAAAUAUACACUAAUUCCUCUUCAACUGCCAGCUAGCGGAUUUAAAACAUCUUGA